AUGCCCCUUUUAGUCUAUAAGAUACUCUUUAGUACAGAACUUUGCUACGCGCCCAGAUGUGAUUGGGAGUACCUUUCCCAGCCCUGUCACACCAGAAAACCGACUUUUUCGGUGUUGUGGGAUUCAAGGGCAAUUUUGGGCGAGGAGACCAAAAGAGUAGCCGUAACCGGAUCCGCUUCAAUAUUUUCAAUAUUUUCAAUAAUCUUCCAACUCAUCGUUCGAGGGGAUUAUCUUUUGGUCUCUACAUACGUACAUGGUCAUAUGAAAUAUUACGUGCAUGGGUAUAUGUGUAUAUCACUUUUUACUCAAACACAUGAUCGCCACGUGCAGCAGUAUAACCGGGUGCAAUUUUGA